GAGGGACGCUGAGGCGACGCCGCGGCAGGCGGGUCCCGCCUGUGGACGCGGAAUAGAGACCCUUGAUUCGGCCACCUCCAGGGCGAGCCCCACAGAAUCCCGUCCUGCCUCCUUGCCCCCGUGAGUGUCCCCAGAGUCGCUGCGGACGGCACCAGCAUGUCGGGCGAGGCGAGCGCACCACCAGUGGCCUCACCCAGGGCCCCGCGUCCCGGGAUCCAGAAGUCAUCCGGUGCAGUGACCAGGAAAGGAGACCGCGGGGCCAAGGAGAAGCCGACGACCGUCCUGCCGCCGGUGGGGGAGGAGGAACCCAAAAACCCUGAGGAGUACCAGUGCACCGGCGUCCUCGAGGUGGACUUCGCUGAGCUCUGCACGCGGUGGGGCUACACGGACUUCCCCAAAGUGGUCACCCGGCCCCGCCCGCACCCAACCUUCGUCCCCUCCGCCUCUACGUCGGAAAAGCCCACCGUAGACGAACAGCCGCUGUCCGGGUCCUGCAGCUUCAACAGCCUGGAGAGCAAAUACGUGUUCUUCCGGCCCACCAUCCAGGUGGAGCUGGACCCUGAGGACAAGUCCGUGAAGGAAAUCUACAUCCGCGGUUGGAAGGUUGAGGAGCGUAUCCUGGGUAUCUUCUCUAAGUGUCUGCCCUCCCUCAGCCAGCUUCAGGCCAUCAACUUCUGGAAGGUGGGGCUGACUGAUAAGACCCUGACCACCUUUAUCGCCCUCCUGCCUCUCUGCUCAUCCACGCUCAGGAAGGUGUCUCUGGAGGGGAACCCGCUGCCGGAGCAGUCCUAUCACAAGCUCAUGGCAGUGGACAGCACGAUCGCGCACUUGUCUCUGCGGAACAACAACAUCGACGACCACGGCGCGCAGCUCCUAGGCCAGGCUCUGUCCACGCUGCACAGCUGCAACCGGACCCUGGUCUCCCUCAACCUGGGCUUCAACCACAUCGGUGACGAGGGCGCGGGCUACAUCGCGGACGGCCUCCGGCUCAACCGCUCCCUGCUCUGGCUGUCCCUGGCCCACAACCGCAUUCAGGACAAGGGCGCCCUGAAGCUGGCCGAGGUCCUGCGCCCCUUCGAGCUGACGCACACCGAGGUGGUGGAGCGCCGGCGCCUCCUGCUGGAGAAAGGUUCGCAGGAGCGCUUGCGAUCGGUGAGGAGCGCUCGGAGCCUGAGACCUGAGCCCUUGGAACCGCUGCCCAGACAUGGGGACUCCAAAACAGAGCGUGAGAAGAAUCAGCUGAUGAGGGUCAGCAGUUUCGCAAUGGUGGAGAAAGACAAGAUGCAGACAACGAAGACCCCUAAGGGUCUGGGCAAGAAAAAGGAGAAGUCCGGGGAAGUGGUGAAGAAAGAGGAGAAGUCAGGGUCUGGGCAGUCACCCACACAAGGAACCCCUAAGAAAGAAGACUCCACAAAGACAGGCAAGGGGAAGGUAACCAUCCCUGAGCAGAAACUAAGCAAGGGAAAAGGGACCAAGACUGUGAGCAAAGAGAAGCGCAGCAUCCUCCCGGAGUUGGAGGUGGUUGGGGAAGCUACUGAGAUGGUCAACCCUCUCCUGGAGCCCGUGGAGCACCGAGAUGGGAAAGUUUUCAUGCCUGGGAACAGGGUCCUUUUGCAUCUCAACCUUCUCCGAAACCGCAUCACAGAGGUGGGGCUAGAGGCCUUCCUAACCGCAGUGCAGUACCAGGCACAGUUCUCCGAGUCCAAGAGCGCGUCCAGGGGCCCCAUGGGGCUGCUGCGGCUGUCCCUGGCGAAAAACUGCUUCUCCCCACAAUGUCCUGCGUACACCACGAUCCAAGAGCUGAUGCUGCCAAGGGACCCUGUCAGUAAAGCCAAGCACAAAGAGGAGGCGGCUGUGGCUUCCUCCACCUAGCCCCCUCCCACCUUCUUCCCAGAGAUUCUGGGCCACGGAAGCAUCUCCUUUCCAUGUGUGGGUUGGCCUUCCCACGGGAGAGCUCAGAUCCUUAACAAAGUCUAUUGCUGUACUUUU